GCACUGUCGAUAUCUGAACGUGUUUAGAUGAACGUAUUCAAAUACAAUGCCAUUGAAAGGCUGAAAGUUUUGGUUGGCGUGACCUUUAUCUCAUCACCAGACAUUCACAUUCAGCACCACUACAUGUUUAAUAGUGAACUUUAAAAUACAGUUGAAAAUGGAGACAAACACUAACGCAGUACUAUCUAGAGAAGAAAAACUGAAUAAAAUAUUUGAAUUAUUUGAAAAAUAUGGGAAAACAGAUUAUUUGGGUGACCCUGUAUCAAAGCUGGAACAUUCCAUACAAUGUGCUAUGAUUGCUGAGAGAGAAGGUUAUCCUAAAGAGACCAUUCUAGGGGCAUUCUUACAUGAUGUUGGCCAUAUGGUUGGAGAACACAUGCACCUCCCUGAGAUGAUAACCCAUGGCCAGAAUUUUGGUACCCAGGGCCAUGAUGAAGUGGGGGCCAGAUUCCUAGAGGACCUUGGUGUUCCGACUGCCAUCACAAAAUUUGUAAGAGGUCAUGUGCAAGCCAAACGAUACAAGGUGUACAAAGAUCAGACAUAUUAUAAUAAUUUAUCAUCUGCGAGUAAAACCACACUGGAACAUCAGGGUGGACCAAUGACAGAAGAGGAAGCGAUUCAAUUCGAGGCUGACCCAGAAAUGGACGCCAUUUUGAAAAUGCGAACAUGGGAUGAGCUGGCGAAGGAUCCCAAUGUUGAAAUUGAACCACUAGAAAAAUAUAAGGACAUGUGUAGAGAAAUACUCAGUCCGAACUAAUCUAACGGGACACGUAGUGAUAAACAUUGCACUUUGAAGAGAGUGAAAUGGCAGCCAUGUAAUUUACCCAGCAUGCCCAAAACCAAAUUAGAUUUUGACACUCGUCUGUUGAACUCAUCUAAUGAGGUUGAAUGGAUGAGCAGUUUUCCUGGAAUUUACAAAACGAUGACAAAAUAGCACUUUUUCAAAGUACUAUAAAAAUCUUAAAAGUGAGCCAACUUGUGCAACUUGACUGAUGAAGACAAUGUUAUGUAAAAUAAGAUAAGUAUAUUCUUCCCAACAUUAGUGAGUUAGUAUAUCAUUUACAGUAUUAUCACAAUUAAAAGAUACAAAAUAUACAAAUAGCGAUGCAGUUCAUGUUUUUUAUAACAUUACUGUUGUAUUAGAUCAUUUUUUGACUGAAAGCCAUCUUGCUCUAAGUUGUUAUUAUAAAUAAUGUGUAUCUAGA